AUGGAGACGUAUCCCGACGACGGAAUUAAAUGGGAAGAAAUGGAAGAACACGGUUAUGCUAUUUUGCAUGGUGCUGCGGAGCCUCCGCAAGAGCUUCGAGACUCUAUUUUAACGAAGAUUCAAAAACACCCUGAAGACUUCACCCUCGUACAGUAUGAGGACAGUCCUCUUUAUUAUAUACAGCCACGUUGGGGAACAGUUCUCUUUCGGGAAAUAGAAGAAUACGUGCAGCAUGGAAUCAAUUACAGCGCUCAUUAUAACGUGAACCUCGAUGGUCUAGACCCAUCCGGUCUUAGGGAUCAAGUCCGGGUUGUGGGAUGUUGGAAGACAGAAUCGACCGGCGAUACAUCGACCAAUUACAUGCUUGGGCCCCAAGAUUACCGCACCGGGGAUGCCAUGGUCUUGAUCCGACCAAUCGCGGAGGAGGUUAAUUUCAGACCCUUCGAUGGAUCCCACCUCCUGACUAAGUCGGAAUUCGACCAAAGUAAUCGGAAAACUACUCUAUUGUCGGUGAGGCGAAAGGAAGCGCUAAAAGGAAGGACCACUUUGUGGACACAAUGGCCUGAUUUUUCCGAGUCAAGCGAGGUCCUUUUUGCCACUAUUGUGUAUGUCAAUAAUCCUGCUCGCCCGCCGGGUGAGGAUGAAGAUUUUCCGGGUUGCGUUAAGCCGGGUUGCGUGGCGCCAUUCAUGCGGUAUUAA